UAUUGGCAUCCAUCUGGUCAAACCUUUUUAACUGGAAAUUAUAUCGGAGAAAUUCGGAUUUGGGAAACACCAAAUUUGAUCAAUCCACCUAAUGAUACAUUACAUUUCUUUGAAGAUGAUCUUAAAAUACGGUUUAAAAAGAUCCAUUCUUUUCAAAUAGAUUGUAUUCGAUUUGUUAACGGAAAUGUGCUGUCAAAAUCAAUAAAUGGCAAAAUCGAAUAUUGGAAUUACGAAACAUUUGAACUUAUUAAAUCUUUCCUUAUCAAAAACAGCUCAAACAAUAGAUCGAGAUUUGAUGUUAGUUUGGAUGAAAAGUACUUUUGCGUGGGUACGAGUAAUGGUAGCAUCAAUAUAUAUAACGUCUUAAGUGGUAAGUUGGUAACAGAGCUUCGUCAUCGACGAUCAACCAAGGCUGUAAGAUGUUGUGUGUUUUCAAGAGAUACAAAGCAAGUACUUGCGGCUGGUGAAGAAGGAUACAUUUGGAGGUAUGAUUAUAUUAGUGAUGAAACAUUGACAGAAUGGGCGAAAUGGAAACAAACAAAACAAGAUGAAUGA